UAGACACUGUUUAGGAAGUUUCCACAUGAUUUAGAAGUCCUCAGGGCUAGUAGAACCCUCACUGCGUUCGGGAUACUACAACCAGCCCUUUGGGCUUCUAAAUCAUGUAGAAACUUCCUAAUCAGUGUCUAACUAUUAUAUAUAUGGGAUUUAGAAGCCCAAAAGCACUGAUUUAGUAUCCCACAAUAUUAACCAACAAAACAGUGUCUAGAUACUAUAGUGUGCAAACCUUGCCCUCGAGGUUUGACUAUAUUACUAAAUAAGUUGCAUGCAUAGGCCCAUAGUAGCUAUAGAGGCACUUUUCCUACGUAUAUCUUAUCAACUAGUGUCUAUAAAGCUUGUGAGUCAACUCCUAAUAAUAUGCACGGUGACUUAGAAGCUCAAAAAUUAUUACUAGUAUAAAGUAUACGUAUACUAUAAUUAUAAUAGCUGUAAGCCUGCAUGUAACUUACAUAGUGACGGUGGGUCAUAGUGUGGUGAAAGUGUCCAUUGGCAUUAUGACGGGAUGCCAGCCAUAAGGCUUCUUCAUUGGUAAGACCAGCAUAUACAUGGCAUUGUACAUAUUCGUAGUUGUGCCCCUCCUCAUUAAGCUCCUGUCUUGCUCGUACCCCAUGAAGCCCACCGUGAACUUCAUAGCGGUAGACAUCCUUAAGCCUCUCCUCAUACACAGCAACUGACCCAAUGCCUUUGCAUACGACAGCAAGAGGUGGAAUGCCAAUACCACUGCUGUCUUCAAUGAGCCUCUCCUUCAGGGAUGUGACAAAUUGCUUGUCCACCUUCCUCAGCAAACGAUCUUUCGGUGGCUCGUCACAGUUUCUAAUAAGAAUGUGCUUUAAACCUGCAAUGAAUUUAAUUUAACAGGACAGUUCUCCAUAGUAAUACAUCAUGUUAUCUGUCAUUGUAGUCAAACAUACCAAUUUUCUUCACAUCGAUUAGUGCUCCCAUUUCUUCAUCUUCCCUUUUCUUCCUCUGUGCACCAUCGUUUCUUUUUGUCCUUUUAGGACUUGGUGCUUGAAUGUCUCGGUGUUCUUCUUCUAAGGUGGUGGCCUUUUUCAGUGAUAUUACCUCACUCAACUUAAUUGUUAUCCUCAGCUGGGUCACGAUCUUCUUCAUCAGUCACGGUGACCAUCACUGCUUCCUCAAUCGUAUUGUAAGUAGUGAGCUCUUGGAAUUUGUUAACAAACUCAGAGGCACUGUUAAGACUGAACUGGAAGUUCUGUGAGAAUGCUGUCUUGCUGGAUUCAAAGGAAGCACAAUUGACAAUUCCUUUCCCACGGUUUUUGAACAACACCUGCAUAAUUUAUACAUGAUUCUAUAUAAUUUCAUGUAGCAAUACAGCGUAAAAGUACUCGUCAAGUGUUAUAAUUAUGGGAAUGCAUUUAAUUUACCAGUAGCGCUUUUUCGGAUCCUUUGGCAUGCUCUUUCUCUGUCGUGAUAUCUCUCACAGGUCCCAAUUUUAUGCCAGCAAAUGAGGAUAACUCUUCUCCAUCUCGAAGUAGUUUACCCCUAGUUUCGAGAAACCAUGGUCGCACUUGUUGGAGAUUUGAGUGGGGCCGCGGUGCCGCCUUCAGUUUAGAUGAAGCUGAUCCUGACUUUGGCCGACUCAUUUUCCACUUGCAGGAAGAGUAUCUAGUUGCAACCGGGUACCAAAAUUGCACUGUACGUUCUCAGCUAGUUUGCUUGAGCUAUAUCUAGGGACUUCUGCCAGCUGCAUUCAUGGUACAUGGUGUUGCUAGCUUUAUUAUGUUCCAAGCUUGUUCUCUACAUCAUGUAGCUAGGAACAUGCAGCUGCUGCUUGUAUAGCUAGCUAGACUUUUAAAUAACCAAAAGUUUCUUUUCUACUUGCUGUCAGCACUGACCAUUCAGAGAAGGUAUGUUAAAAUGUAACUCUAGCUUUUUACUUUAUCUUAUGCUGCGUGGGUGGCUCAUAAUCGGUCAUAGCUAGCUAGCUAGCUAUAGUGAGGGGGUAGAUGAUAAUGAUGAUAAUUAUAAUACUGACUCACUAGCACUGCAGACUGCAAUUUCUAAUUUUCUCCUCUGUUUGCAGUGUCCCAAGCUAACUACAAUGGCUAACAAGUCAAUUGUUUGGAAUGACUUUAAUUCUUCCAUAGCUACCUCUGCACAAGAAUCACCAUGCAGCAGCUGCCAGCAGUCGUUCUUUGUUGAAGAUUCUCCCUUGUCAACCUUUGUCCCAAAUUCUCCCAUCCAUCAAUCAACCCCUAUUGGUAGUCAUCUUGGCAAAAGAUCUGAAAUUUCCGAUAGUAGUCUCCUCUUUAAUGAUGUAGAGCUGGACGCAUCUUACACUCCAACGUCGCCAGGCAAUUUUAUUCAGACGUCGAGUACAAGUCAGCUCAGUAGUGUACUCAGUGUCACUUGUUGUGAGAAUAGAUGCCUUGCGAGCUUUAGUCUGCUCGAACUGGAAUCAUCCCAAAAAUCAUUUCUGAGCUGAAAGAAGGUAGACCAACAGCAGUUUUUACUCGAUGCAGUCAUAGCCACCUUUCAUUGACAGACACAGCAUUUUGCAUGCUAUCAAUUGCUGGGAAGAAGGUUUGCAAAGUGGCAUUUGGCAACAUAUUUGGCUUGUCAGCAAAACGAAUGAGAAGGGUAACCAGUCUCCUUGUUGAAGGUGGCACAAUAUCACUAUCUCCUCUGAAACGCAUUAAAGCCAGAUCAACCAAGUACAUGACUGCAUAUGCUUGGAUGGAUCGGUUCUUCAACCGUAUUGGAGACAAAAUGCCACACCAACAAAAAAUCCAUCUACCUCAUUUUAUGUCUCGAAAGAUGGUCUAUGACUUGUUGGUUCAGGAUAUUAUGGGACAAGGAUUUAGCAGGCAAGACAUCAUAUCCGGAUCACAUUUCUAUGCUUUGUGGAGAGAUAAAUUUCAAUUCUGUACUAUUCCAAAGCACAGUUUGUUCAGCAAAUGUGAUACUUGUGUGAAAUUUGCAAAUGAAAGGCUUAAAGUUGCUGGAGAUAAAGCGGCUAAAGAGAAGCUGAGUCAAGAGUACAAGCAACACCUGGAAUUGGUUACAUCUGAACCAUCGUGAAAAGGCAAGGAGCAAGCCAUCCAAAUAUCUCAGUGUCAUUAUUGAUGGCAUGGACCAGAACAAGACAAAUGUGCCACAUGUUACCCAGGAAACAAAGUCCACUCAAAAUCUUUGGCGUCUACGUAGCCAUCUAACAGGAGCCCUGGUUCAUACCAAAUCUGUUAACGGGAAAGUGGUGUUUGCUUUCUUUGAUCUCAUGCAGUGGCCCCAUGAUUCCAAUCUUACGAUAGCAGUUCUAAAUUUGGUACUUGUCACACUCCAGCAAGCUAUUUUUGAUCACCCACUACCACCUGUGUUGUACGUCCAACUGGAUAAUACUGCUCGCGAAAACAAAAACAAGUAUGUCUUCUCUUAUCUUGCCUUGCUUGUUCAGUUGAAGAUAUUCAAGAAGAUCCGAGUGAACUUUUUACCGGUGGGUAACACCCAUGAAGACGUUGAUCAGUUCUUCAGCAAAGUGUCCACCCAGCUCAAACGCUUGGGAACAGAGACUAUCAGCGACCUGCACAGUGUAACAGAACAGAGCUUCACACCUGAGCCAAUAACAGCCCAAAUUCAGGCAAUACAUGAUGUUCGAUCCUGGCUCAUCCCUCAUAUUGAAGAUCUUCAUGGUCAUAGCCAGCCUCAUGCUUUCGGUUCACCUUAAACAAAGAGGGUAUUGCCGAAAUGCACUUCAAGACCUGGAGUACGGACAAGGCUUGGUCUAAGGAAGGUCUUCUGUUGUUAAAAGGAGUGCCUCAAGGAUCUCCUUCCCUGUGUAUCCCUUCUUCUGAGAAACAGGAUUUGAAUCUCUUGCGAGCUGACAUACGCAAGUGGCGUCAGUGGUUGUCAGAUGACUCUUAUUUUGAAUGGGAACAGUUUUUAGACACAGGAAUCGAAGAAUUGGAUACAGUACCAACCUCCCCUCCUCAAUUUGCUCUGACAACGCUUCAGCAGGCACAUGCAGAUACUACUUGCGAAAAUGAUGACAGCUAUGAAUCACCCACACUGCUAGUGAAAAGGGACAUUCAGGUCUACACAGGGAAACGAAGAGCUGCCCAACCUGAAGCUGACCUAUCUUUGGUCAAAACUAGAGAUCUUGUUGCCAUUCAUCAUAUCAAUUGAACGUCAUGACUACAAAACACACUUUCAGGGGAAGCUGCACCUAAUACUGUCAAUCACCGUGAUCAAUACAACGUAUAUAUGUAGGAUGUAGUCACCCUAUUUGUUUGCAUUGCAGUAGGGUGGAAUACUGCAAUCCCCAUUAGGUAAUCAGCAAUAAGUAGGUUAUAAUGCCAUGCCCUCAUGCUGUACUGCUAAUACAACUCUUAAUGUGUUCGCUGUACAUCCCUCUUACAUGAGAUAACCUAUAGUGCUAGAUAUUUAUUCAGUAAAAUUCUGAUAAUGCUAUAGUCCCGAUUUGAUACAAAUUACACCUUUGUAUGUUAUGACGAUCAUACCGUGUGUACUAUAAUUAUAUAGAUAUGUUCUCUUCAUAUGAGUUGUGGGGAAUGAUGGAAAGGAAAGGAUGGAUUGGAAACACUUACUGCCAGACUUUUUACAAUAAUAAAUUCAUAUCAAUUGUGAACGUCAUGACUACAAAACACACUUUCAGAGGAAGAACACAAAAUAUUUCAAAGUAAUAAUAGAGAUUAAGUUCGUAACCUCACUGACCUUAUCAGUACUCCUCAAACCAGAAAUAAUGAACCACUGCUAAAGUUGCUCUGCAAGCAGCUAACUUGGCUGGAAGGCACAGACUGUAGACAGAAGCAAUUUUGUGAACUUGGCUAUUUGUCUCUCUGCCAACUGGUUAUGGCAGUCAAGUCCCUUUGCUUUGCCCUAUCGCCAGCAAUAUUUGAUGUUCCAGCGGUAUCAUUGCCACAGGCAGGACAAGAACUCGUUACAUCCAGCUAUCUCCAGACUUAGACAUAUUUUGCAGCAGUUGUGAUUGAUUUUAAGUUUGUGUACGUACGCAAUGAAGACGAGUCGUUGAUAGUCACCUGGCCAGUCUCUUUCCUUACAGAAAGGGGCGUGGUUUCCAGUCUAGUUUUACACA